AUGUCUCUACAAUUCCAAACUCGAAGCAGGUUUCUUGAGCUCCAUCUUUCAAACAGCCUUAAUGACUGGGAUAUGGAUGAAGAGAUCAAGCUGACCACAACAACUGACCAAUUUUACCAAGAAGACAAACGGAAUGAUCAGUAUCUGGUUCAGUGGCAGUAUGCAAGAAUAUCGAGAAGAAAGGACGACCUCUCUUUUCAAAACUAUCAGCAAUCAGGUGAGGACUCUCCAAUACAGCCAAAUCUGUGGUUGAUGGUCAACCCCAACCUAGCCUGCCCAAUUAAGUAUCCCAAAAAAGUAACCAAGGCACCAGUACCCAAGCCCACAGUCACCCAUGUCAAACCCAAGUCUAUCCCAAAUGUGCUUCCAGUUUCACCUACUGAGGACACCUGCUUGGCCGACUCUCUACAUGACGCGUCCUCCAGUGAGUACAUGCUUACAGAUGAGGAUGACGCCUCUUCGUUAGAUGUCCCCAUUUGUCGGAAAGUCAAAACUGCCCGCAAGGCAAAGGCCCCUAAGGGUGGACCACGAAAGCUUAGUCUGGCCCAAAGCAAGCGCCUCCAGCGGGUCCUUCAAGACAGCAACAACCUGAAGAGCGGCGCCUGGCUGCGUCCCCCUGUCAACUACUGCAUCUUAAUCGCCAUGGCUAUUGGCAGCAGCCGCACUGGCAGCCUCAAUGUCCAGCAGAUCUAUAACUUCACAAGAGAGCACUUUCCAUUCUUCCAGACAGCCCCUGACGGCUGGAAGAACACUAUCCGCCACAACCUGUGUUUCAGCAACAGCUUUCGUAAGACCCCCCAGCAGGUGUGCAGCGAGGGGAAGAGGAAGUCCUGUCUGUGGCACCUGACUCUGGAAGGGCGCCGGAGGCUGAGGGAUGAAAUCCACACCCUUACCGGGGACUCGUACAAAGUGUUGAAGCGAAGCAUGAAUAAUCCUGGUGAGUUUCAGAUGGCAUAG